AUGGCCGCCUUCCAGCACUACGCGAAAGCCCAAUCUACCUUCAACAUCCCUCUGUUGGCAGGUGACAACGCCUACCUCGGUGACGUCUUCUCCAGCGAUGAAACCAACCCCGACAAGCCCGUCUCAUCUGGCCUCUUCCGCUUGAAGAAGGGAGAGCCUCUUACCUACACCUACAAGUACGAUGAGAUGAAGAUCAUUCUCGAGGGCGACUACACGAUAUCCGAUGAGACCGGCCAAAAGGUCGAGGCGAAGCCCGGCGAUGUCUUCUACUUCCCCAAGGGCUCGACCAUCACUUUCACCACAACUGAUUACGGCUUGGCCUUUUACGUCGGACAGCGCAAGAAGAGCGACUUCUAG